UCAUUUCGAUUAUUUUUUCGUUAAUUUGUUUGUUUUAAAUAAGAAUUAUAUCGUAAUUAAGGUUUUUAUUUAUAAAUUCAUUAUCAUCCAAAAAGAAUGGUUGAUUAUAGUAAAUGGAAAAAUAUAGAGAUAAGCGACGAUGAAGAUGACACCCAUCCUAAUAUCGAUACGGCAAGCUUGUUUCGUUGGCGUCAUCAGGCUCGUAUCGAACGGAUGGAAGAAAGAAAACGACAAAAAGAAGAAUUGGAACAGAAAAGACGUGAAGUUGUAAUGAAAAAGCAAGAAAUUGAAAGUAAAAAACAACAACAACAAACUGAUUCGAAUCUUGAGAAAGAAUUGCAGAAAUUACAAUUAGAACAAAAAGAACUGGAAAAACGUGAACAAGAGAUCGAGAAAGCUGAACGAAAUGCACCAUGGAAUGUUGAUACUAUUAGUAAGGAAAGCUGGAGCAAAACGGUCAUAAAUAAACCGAAACCACGUGAAGAUCGUUCAAAAUUGACCGAUGAAGAAAUCGAACAACGAUAUAAAGAUUUUGUACAAAAAUAUGAAGAUAAAGUAAAAGAAUAUGCUAUGAUUUCAAAAUUUGAUGAUGCUAAACAAUUUUUAAUGCAAAAUCCAGAUCUUGUAUGCGAAGAAUCAUCGAAUUAUUUAACAUAUUGGUGUCUAAAUCUUGAGAUUGAAGGAAAACACGAUCUUAUGGAAUAUGUUUCCAAACAGGUCAUUUCGUUGCAUUAUAUACUUGAACUUAGUAAACAGAUGAAUAUCGAUCCCCGUGGAUGUGUAUCAUCAUUCUUCACACGAAUACAGCAAGCUGAUAAAUCCUAUAUGGAUGCAUUCGACGAUGAAAUUCAGGCAUUUCAACAACGUAUUGUCAAUCGUGCUAAACAAAAGAUCGAAGAAGCAAUCAAAGAAUGUGAAGAAGAAGAACGACAAAAACGACUUGGACCCGGUGGUCUUGAUCCACAAGAAGUAUUUGAAUCAUUGCCCGAAUGUUUACAAAAAUGUUUCGAAUCACGUGAUACAUCAUUGUUACAGGAAACAAUAAUGACAUUGGAACCCGAACAAGCAAAAUAUCAUAUGGAAAGAUGUGUUGCUUCGGGUCUUUGGAUUCCCGAUAAAAAUAAAUUAAAUGAUGAUAAUGAUAAUGAUAAUAAUAAUAACAAUGAUAAUGAUGAUAAACAAAACAACGAAAAUAACGAGGAAAAAUAAUACAGCAAACCGCUGAUUUUGAUGGAUUUUUCUUUAAAAUGCACACAUUCGCAAACACACACACAAACAAAAUAUGAUUUUUAAUCAAACGAAA